AACGUUUGUCGUGACGUGCAGGUGAUGUAGCAUCUGCCUUCCGUCAGCCAGUCGGUGUGCUGAGCAGUCAGACUCUGAUCUCAUGUGGUGGUAUACAGUGGCGAUUCUGUGAAUUUUGACCACGAAAGCCUGAGCGGUUAUGUUUGACGUGGUACGUUAUUGGUAACCACCAGGAACACAUUCGUGGGACUGCACUGAACUGUGACUAAUUGUUUGCAGUAGGCUAAAGUCAGGCAAACCGGCAGACUUUCCCCAGCCCAUCAGUGCUAAGUUGUCCAAUGGAUACCGACUUCGCCACAGACCAUCUACUUCUAAGCCUGGAUGUGGAGAAGCUCGCUGCCGAUGCUGUGAUGCAUGACAAACCGGACAUCACGGCUCCCCGGCGGGCCUACACACACACCAAGAAGCGGGCGUUCGCAGAAUUCGUGGAGUGUCGGAGAAACGGCCCGCUCUCCUGGCGUUGCUGCGGACAAACCUUUAUUGAACCCGCCGUCGUGCAUAAGCACGUCGCCCGCGCCCACUCCGUGGAGAUUGAGCGACGGACCUCCGAGGCCCUGGACCGGCAGCUGAACCUGGAGAAGAGUGGGAUUGCGGCGGAGCACCAGACGGAGGAAGAGUCGGAGGAUAUGAACGCCUGGAUGCCCGACAUCAGCCACAUCCCCGCAGAACAACUCAUGGAGGGUGAUGGUGAGGUGCUGUUGUAUUACUGCUACUGCGAGCUGACCCAUCCUGAGCCUGUGUGUGUGUGGCAGAGAGAGCUGUGCCAGAUGCUGCAUCUCACUGGGAAGGUGCGUGUGGCUACAGAAGGCAUUAAUGGUACUGUGGGAGGAAGCCUAUUGGGAACUCGUUUGUACAUCAGAGCCAUGAUGUCACACCCUGCUUUCAAACACAUGAGCGAUGACGACUUUAAGAGGAGUGAGGGGGGAGCCCACUGCUUCCCUGAGCUGAGAGUGGGGGUCUACAGAGAGAUCGUUCCCAUGGGAGUGGACCCCAACGUCAUCUCACACACAUUGGCUGGCACACACUUGGAUCCUGAGGAGUUCCACCGUGAGGUUCAGACACUGCUGACUGAUGAGGAGGCAGCCAGAGACACAGUACUGCUGGACUGUAGGAACUUCUACGAGAGCAGAAUAGGUCAGUUUAGUAGCUGUCUGGCUCCAGAUAUCCGGAAGUUCAGCUACUUUCCCGACUACGUGGACCAGAAUCUGGAUCUGUUCCGGAACAAACGGGUCCUCAUGUACUGCACCGGAGGGAUCCGCUGCGAGAGGGGUUCCGCCUACCUGCGCUCCAAAGAUGUGUGUAAGGAGGUUCUGCAGCUCCAAGGCGGGAUCCAUAAGUACCUGGAACGCUUCCCUGAUGGAUUCUACCGUGGGAAACUCUUUGUGUUCGACGAGCGCUACGCUCUCGCAUUCAACGAUGACGUCAUCUCAGUGUGUAGGUAUUGCGGAGCGCCAUGGGACCAGUAUGCACUGUGCUGGCCUCCAGUCUGCUGCCAGCUGGUCCUCAGCUGUGGGAGCUGCAGAGAGAGAGGACACACAGCCUGCUGCCCCACCUGCCAGAGGAAACGGGAGGCGCGCACACACACCUCACACACACACAGCCCUGACGCAACACACAGCACACACAGUUCGGACACAACGCACACACACAGGGAGGAGUGUGAGUGUACAGACACACGGCCACGCAUCCCCAAAGAUUCAUGAGGACACACAUACUGUACGUGUGUGAAUAUGCAGAUACAUCACCAAAGACGAUGUACACACUCACAGGUGCACAAAUAUGCAGAUACAUCACCAAAGACCAAGUGAAUAUAAACAAACCCAAAACUGUGUGUUUUCUUGAAUCUUUGGUUUUAAAGUUUUAAUAAACCAGAAAAUUUAUUUCCAA